AUGACAGAGUUCGAAGAACAAGUGAGAAGGGAGAGAGAGCUCUUGAGAAGUUGGGAGCUCCCGCCCGGAGGUGGUUUUGAACAAUGCCGCAACACUAUUUAUAGGCUGGAGAUCAAAGCUAGUAGAUGGGCAGCCGUUUCACUUCACUUGUUUAUUCAAUUUUUAUGCCCUGCCUGCCCAUCACCAAGUAAAUCGCACUUCCCUUUUGUGAUGCCAAUCCCUGCGUUAUCGUCCUCUUGUCCCUGCUUUAUUCUCUUUUACAAGCCUGCAACUGCCUAUUCCCCACAUGGGCACCAAUUCUAG